GGUACUUUAAAGGUGGAGAUCCUCUAUCCUUCUAUCCACUCUCAAAGUGUCUACCUCGCUAAUCGAAUUAAGUGUUUAGACUAAUCAAUUGAAUUAUCUUGAAGAUAAAAAUUCUGGCUCAACUCAUCAUGAAUUAUUUUUUUUAUUUUUUAUUUUAUUUUUAUAUUUUUACGGGAUAGUUGGAUAUUAUACUCAACUACUCAUCAUUUUUUCUUUUUAAUGGGAUACUUCUAGCAUUUUAGUUACAUCUAGCGCAACAUUAGGAGAGGACAAAAGAGGAUUAUAUGGUGGAUUCCAAUUGAGUAAGAUUCUUGACAACCUUAUUGCAUUUAGCACCACAACAUUUCACUAACACAAGAUUCGUGUAGGUCCCUCACUCCCAUAUUCACCAUAUACACCAUUUUAACAUUCAAAAUAACAGCAACAUCAACAAUAAUAACAUAAAAUAUCAAAAAAAAAUAAUUUUACUUCAAAAAAAUCAAAAAAAUUCCCCCAAUUUGCAAAAUUCUUAAUCUUCCAAUUAUGUCUCCAAUUUCUCUUAAUCAUACUCAUAAUUACAAACUUCCCCUUAAACCCACUUCCACUUUAACCUUCUCCUCCACUAUUUCUCCUCGAUCAUCCUGCAAAUUUAAUAGAAAAUACAGAGUACCAAUUAUAUGUUCUUCGUCUUCUUUGAAUUCCGAUAAAUUGGAGUCAAAAAGUGGCGUUGGUAAAUGGGUAUUUAAUUUUGCAGCUGGGGCUGUUGCAGUUGCUUCGAUUUUUCUGGAUUUUGAUUCACCGGCUUUUGCUGAGUCUCUCACUAUUGCAUUCCCAGUUUCUCGUUCUAUUGAGGUAAAUAAAGUACAAAGGACCUUAAUUGAGGUUUGGGGUUUGAUUAGAGAAUCCUUCAUUGAUCCCACUUUCAAUCACCAAGACUGGGAUUCGAAGCUGCAGCAAACAAUGGUGGAAAUGUUCCCUCUCAGGUCUGCUGAUGCAGCUUAUAACAAGAUCAGUGGAAUGGUCUCUAGUUUAGGAGAUCCUUUUACCAGAAUAAUCAAUCCUAAGGAGUACCAAAACUUCAGAAUUGGAAGUGAUGGAAACUUGCAAGGUGUUGGGUUGUUUGUUAAUGCAGAACCAACUACAGGACAUCUGGUUGUUGUAUCUUGUGUUGCUGAUAGUCCAGCUGCACGUGCCGGUAUACACGAAGGAGAUGAGUUGGUUGAGAUCAAUGGGGAAAAGCUCGAUGGAUAUAGUAGUGAGACAGUAGCGCAGAAGCUCCGAGGGCGUGCUGGAUCAACUGUCAAAGUGAAAGUCCACAGUGAAAAAGAUUCUGCUUUCAGCUCUAAUACCAGAGAGGUCAACCUACCUCGAGAAUACAUUAAGUUGUCACCAAUCUCCAGUGCUGUCAUCCCCCAUAAAACCCCUGAUGGGCAUCUGUCAAGAACAGGUUACGUAAAGCUAUCAGUCUUCUCUCAGACUGCUGCUUCUGAUAUGGAAAAAGUGAUUCAUCAACUAGAAGAUCAGGGUGUUCAGUCAUACAUAUUGGAUUUGAGGAACAAUCCGGGUGGUUUAGUAACAGCAGGACUUGAUGUUGCUCAAUUAUGGCUAGAUGGAGAGGAAACUCUAGUAUAUACUACUGAUCGGGACAAACAUAUAUUUCCCAUCAAUAUGGUUGAUGGACAUGCUAUAACACAUGAUCCUCUUGUAAUACUUGUCAAUGAGGGAAGUGCUAGUGCAAGCGAGAUUCUAGCUGGUGCUCUACAUGAUAAUGGCCGUGCUAUCCUGGUAGGACACAGAACUUUCGGCAAAGGCAAAAUUCAGAGCGUCACAGAGCUGCAUGAUGGAUCUGCCUUAUUUGUCACAGUGGCCAAGUACUUGUCGCCAUUGCGACAUGAAAUUGACAAAGUAGGUAUAACCCCAGAUGUUCAGUGCUCUGCUGAUAUGCUGAAUGUACCCAAACCAUCCGUAGUUAAGGACAAAAACGCAGGGUCUGCAUUAGAAGCAGAUUCUUGCAUAUUGGUGGCAGAGCACGAAUUAGACGCGCAACAGUCAGAAGGAACUGCUUCCUGAACGGUACUAUAAGUCAAUCCUAGGUCUUCAUUCGUCGUGUAAAUAGUUCUGCCACCAUUAGCUGGUGGCUCCAUAUAGCUUCGCUUAUUAUAGCAAUAUCAAUAUGUAAAUCAAAUGUAAAAUCAUUGUAUAUGUUAAUCCAAUGUACAAUCGUUGUAUA